AUGGUGGAACUCUGCACAUCUUUGAUACAUGCUGACGACAAUAGCAAUAGAGUAAACGACGUGGCUCCGCCGAUAAAUGUAACCACCACCUUCCGCUAUUCUGAGGACGACCUGAUACCUGCAGUGGAACGGACAGCGGACACCGCGGGAUCCAAUGGGCAUUUUUAUUCGAGGGUAUCGCACCCCAACGGCGCACGGUGCGAGGUGCUCCUCGCAGAGGCGCUUGGUGGAGAGGCAGUCGUGUACUCCUCCGGGCUGGCGGCGUUUGGAGCGGCGCUGACGCACUUCAACCCCAAGCGGUUGUUCAUUGGCAGAGGCUACCACGGCUGCCACGGCGUGGCGGACAUAUGGGUGCGCAACCACGGCCUACAGAAGCUCUCGCUGGAGGAGGUGUCCGAGCGCUCGGAGCCCGGCGAUCUGGUGCACAUUGAGUCGCCAAUCAACCCGUAUGGGACGCUGGUGGACGUGGCCGGCAUUGCGGCGGCGGCGCACGAGAAGGGCGCUUACGUGGUGCUUGAUGCAACGUUCGCCCCGCCGCCGCUGCAGGACCCCUGGGAGCAGGGCGCCGACGUGGUGCUACACUCGUGCACCAAAUACUUCGGCGGCCACUCUGACCUGCUGGGUGGGGUUCUUGCGGUGCGCGAUGCUGCAGUCGCGCGCCAGCUCCGCCAGGACAGGGUCUACCUCGGCACCAACAUCGCGAACCUGGAGGCAUACCUCCUGAUACGCUCGAUGCGCACCAUGGAGAUGCGGGUUGUGCGCCAAAGCACCAGCGCCACCAAGGUGGUCGCUUACCUGGAGUCACACAAAGCUGAGUUUGGCGGAGUACUGGUUAAGGUGUUCCACUCGUCACUCCAGACCGAGCCUUAUGUGCAGCAGUACCUGCGGGGCGGCAAUGCACCUGUCUUCUCAAUUCUGCUGCGGACUGUAGAGCAGUGCAAGCGACUCCCGUCCCUCUUAAAGCUCUUCCACCAUGCCACGUCGCUCGGCGGCGUUGAGUCGCUCAUCGAAUGGCGCGCCAUGUCCGACACCACUGUCGAGCAGAAUCUCCUGCGGAUCUCGGUGGGUUGCGAAUCACCCGAGGACCUGAUUGCGGAUCUUGCUGGCGCGUUCCGCCAGUUAUAG